CGACAAACCUGGAGUUCUCUCCUCAUCGUAGUUAUCGUGUUCUCUGAUGUCGAAAAGCAAACCACGCUUCGGUUCCGACGGCCGCUCAUGAUGCUUGCCAGGUACUUCAGCUCCUCCUGGCAGCGGUUCUCCUCCUACUCUCCUGUCAAUGGGAAUGUUCCACCUGUCACAGAUGAUAACCGGUCUGGCCCACGCAAGACUGCCGCGAGGAACUGCCCCACCGUCGCUGACAUCCUGUCUUCGCGACGACUGCGCAUAUGUCUGCCGAUUGCGGUGAUCUUGUUGAUUCUGGUUGUCUCUGGCCACCGUUACGAUGCGCUCGCUCGCAUCCCCUCCGGCUGGGCCAAGGGGGGAGCCUCCUCGAACGAACAGACGACGGCGCCGGCGCCGGCGGUGGAUUCGAUCGUAGAUGCGAGCAAGGUCGACUGGUCGCGGUUCGCUUAUACGCAAUACGUCACCGACAGCCAUUAUCUAUGUAACUCGGUCAUGCUCUUCGAACGCUUGCAGCACGUCGGAAGCCGAGCGGACCGUGUGCUGAUGUACCCGUCGUACAUGUAUGACCCGAAUGCGGCGUGGGACGGUGUCGUCAGCGAUAACGCCCGCUUGGUGAUGAAGGCCCGUGAUGAGUAUGGCGCGCAGCUGGUGCCUAUCGAGGUGCAACACCGGGACGUUGGUGACAAAACAUGGGCCGAGUCUUUCACCAAGCUUCUUGCCUUCAACCAGACGCAGUACGACCGGGUGCUCUCGCUCGACUCGGACUCGGUGGUCCUGCAGAACAUGGACGAGCUCUUCCUGCUACCGCCCUGCCCGAUGGCGAUGCCGCGCGCGUACUGGCUGUACCCGGAGACCAAGAUGCUGACGUCGUCGCUCAUGCUGCUGCAGCCGAGCGCGGCCGAGUUCGCGCGCGUGAUGGAGAGAGUCUCGCAGGCGGCGCGCAGUGACUACGACAUGGAGAUCAUCAACUACCUGUACGCCGACAGCGCGAUGGUGCUCCCCCACCGGAUCUACCAGCUGCUGGUGGGGGAGUAUGUCCGUGAGCCCGAUCAGCAUGCCGCUUACCUCGGCAACGACCGCGAGGAGUGGGACGCAGUCGCCGUUUUCAAUGAGGCCAAAUACUUGCACUGGUCCGACUGGCCCCUGCCAAAGCCGUGGCUCGACAUACCAGAAAAGGCGAGGUUGGAUCGCGAGCCAAAGUGUCAUAUGAGGAACGGCGUUGAGUCCUGUGCCGAGAGGGAUCUGUGGAAUGGUUUUUACCAAGACUUCGCGGAAAGACGGAAGCGGGUGUGCGGAUCCGUUCCUGGGGAACGAUCGCACCGAUUGAGGCGAAGAGGGUGAGCUUAGGUAGCGUAUUUGGACGGUCAGUAUGGUGAGGUCGUCGUUGCCUGGUGGGGUCAUAUGAGUUGGAUCGUAAAUCGGAGCUAAAGCAGGGACUCACCUGUACUAUGUAUGUGGGAAAUGACUUGUUUGGCAUUAGAUCCAGGGAUGGCGUACGGAGCUGGAAACGGAAGGUGGCACGGUGGCACCUGGUGAACCCCGGGUCUUUACAACUCAAACAGUAGCAAUAUACCUACGGUAAAUAGGUAGCUCAAUUCAAUGGAAUCAAAC